UUUAGAUGUGAAUUUUAUUUUUAGGUCAAGGACCUUCACCUAGGUCUGGAUGUCAAAUGUUUCCAAUAGAGGAUGGACGAAUUUUAAUAUAUGGUGGAUAUUUUAAAGAAAAAGUAAAAAAAGAUUGUGACAAAGGAACAAUGUUAAUUGAUAUGUUUAUUCUAACUCCUGAAAAAGGUGUAACAGAUUAUUCAAAUUGUCGUUGGUCAAAAGUAAAACAAACUGGUAAUCUACCAACUGUUCGUUGUAGUUUAUCAAGUACAAUAAUAACUGGUCAUAAUAAAAGUUUUUUAUUUGGAGGAGUUUAUGAUGAAGAAGAAGAAGAAGAUGACCUAAAAAGUAUAUUUUAUAAUGAUUUGUUUAUGUUAGACAUGGAACAAAGUACUCCUACUUGGAAAUUAAGUAAAUAAUAUCAACAUUCUAUGAUUUUUGUAUUAUAACUGAAAAAAAUUAACCAAUUAAUUCAUUUUAUGGUCCAGGCCCCACCUUUAGAAUACAUAAAACAUAAAAAAAAAA